AUGUCGCAUCCACCUGCGGCCACUGUGAGAGGCAAGAAGGGACCACCACAAGCCCUAACAAGGGAGAGCCCUGUGCUUCCCGUUGGUCUCCGUUAUCAGAAACAUGCCCUGACACAGACCAACUGCAGCAACUCCGCGGAGAUCUGGUUAGCUGCUAGUGGCUUAUCGGCGGAUCCUUAG